UUUUAAAAAUGGAGUUUACCAGCAACAAUAUCCAGAUGAAGCCAUCCUCUUAUCUCUUCAAGCCAACAAACUUGCUUUCCUUGCUCUUGCUGUGUAAUCUUAUAGCAUUUUCUCGCUCUUUUUCUUCUACGCAGCCACGAUGCCAUGACAAUGAGCGAUCUUCUCUGUUGCAAUUCAAGGAAAGCUUUGUCGUCGACAAUUCCAUUAAGGGUUGUGAUCCUUUUGCUCCUUCAAAGAUCGAUUCAUGGAAGCUCUUCCAUGGCGAAAGAAUUAGUGACUGUUGCUCAUGGGAUGGUGUGGAAUGUGAUGAAGAAACCAAUCAUGUGAUUAGCCUUGACCUCAGCAGCAGUUGUCUCUUUGGUUCUAUCAACUCCAACAGCAGCCUGUUUCAUCUUCUUCAACUUCGAAAGCUUAAUCUUGCGUACAAUGACUUCAACUUUUCUCCAAUACCUGCACGAGUAGGCCAUUUCUUGAGGUUAACUCAUCUCAACCUCUCUUCUUCUGGCUUUUCUGGUGAAAUCCCUGAUGAAAUCUCUAAUCUAUCCAGCUUGAUUUCCCUUGAUCUCUCUGGUAACAAUGAUCUGAGGCUCCAUAAGCUUAGUAUGAGAGGUCUAGUACAAAACCUGGCUCAUUUAAAAGCACUUCAUCUCUCGAAAGUUGACAUAUCAUCAAGGGUGCCUGACCUCUUGGCAAAUUUUGUGGCUUUGGAGUCUCUCCAACUUGAUCAAUGUGAGCUGCAAGGAGAAUUUUCAAUGGGCAUUUUCAAGCUUCCAAAGCUGAAAAUGCUUGACAUAAGUGGAAAUUCGGAUCUCAAAGUCUCUUUGCCUGACUUUCAAAAGGGAAGUCCUCUCAAAUCACUGAUGCUCUCAGAGGUUAAAUUUGUGGGAGAGAUACCUUCUUCGGUUGGAAAUCUUGGCAACUUGGAAGAACUCGACAUCUCACGGUGCAAUCUCACAGGGCAGAUUCCAUCUUCCCUUGGUAACCUUACAAAACUUACACUUCUUUCCCUCUCAUAUAACGAUUUCAGGGGCCAAAAUUCUUCCUUGUCGUGGAUUGGUAAGCUAAACAAACUCACUUUUUUGGAUCUUCAUGGUAUCAACUUGAAUGAUAAUCUCCCAUCUCAGCUCAUGAACCUGACUCAACUUUCUUAUCUAGAUUUAGGCUAUUGCCAACUUACUGGUCCAAUCCCAUCUUGGCUGGGGAACCUGACUGAACUUUCCGCCAUUUUUCUAGAUCAUAAUCAACUAAUAGGUCGAAUCCCAUCUUCACUGAUAUAUAGAAGCAAUAUUGAAUAUUUAUUUCUGAGUUCCAAUCAGUUUUCAGGUCCAAUCCCAUCUGUAAACAACACUCUUUCCCAGCUGAGUCACUUGGACAUUUCAUCAAAUAUAUUGCAAGGUUCCAUUCCCAGCAGUCUUUCUAAACUCCAGAAUCUUGUAAUUCUUGAGCUUCAUUCAAAUAGUUUAACAGGAGAAGUGGACAUAAAUAUGUUUCUUCAAUUGAGUAGCUUAGUGGUAUUAUCCUUGUCAUUCAACAAUCUGAUGUUGCUCACCAAAAUCAGCUCAAAUGCCAACGUUCAAAAAUUUAAGUUUCUGGGAUUGGCAUCAUGUAACCUGAGUGAGUUCCCUGGUUUCUUGCACAAUCAAGAUCACUUGCAAGUUCUAGACCUUUCCUCCAACAACAUUCAUGGUCAAAUUCCUUCCUGGGUCUGGAACAUUAGUACAACUUCCAUGUAUUUUAUGAACCUUUCUCACAAUUUCUUGACUGGUUUUCAACAAGACCCAUAUCCAGUUGUUCUUCAAUGGACUCAUUUGAAGGUCUUGGACCUCAGAUCCAAUAUGCUACGAGGAUCUCUCUCAAUCCCUCCACCAUCCAGCAACAUAUGGAGGAAGGAAUGUAAUUUGGAAAUGAUCAAUUUGAGCCAGAAUCUCAUAAAAGGAAAAGUACCAAGAUCAAUCGCUAGUUGUAAGAAGCUAGAGUUGCUUGAUUUGAGCAACAAUCGAUUCACCGAUAGUUUCCCUUCUUGGGUAGGGAAUCUUCCAAAGUUGAGAAUCCUGAAUUUGCGUUCCAAUGGUUUUCAUGGGGUGAUAAAGAAUCAGAAAACCUUAAACUUCUCCAAGCUUCAAAUCAUUGACUUGUCUCAUAAUAAUUUAACUGGAGAGUUGCCUUCAAAGUACUUCGAAAGUUGGAACGCCAUGAAAGUUGCAGAUGCAAAUCAUACAGGAUACAUAGGAAAAAAUCAGGAGUUCACCGUAUCUGCAUAUUAUUCAACGUACGACUACUCAAUGAUCAUCAACAUCAAGGGUUCACAAAUGGAGUAUUUGAAGAUUCCAGGAACUUUGGCUGUCAUUGAUUUCUCCUACAACAGAUUUUUAGGCGAUAUUCCAGAAGCCAUUGCAAAUCUUAAAGCUCUUCAUUUGCUUAACUUUUCAAACAACAUUCUCAGGGGUCAUAUACCAUCAUCUUUAGCGAACUUGAAAGAAUUGGAAUGCUUGGAUCUUUCUGCAAACAAGUUUUCAGGAGAGAUUCCACCACAAUUAACACAACUUACAUUUCUUUCAUCUUUCAACGUGGCAUACAAUCAGCUUGAAGGGCCAAUUCCUGGAGGAAACCAGUUCAAUACUUUUGGAGAGGAAGCAUAUGCAGGGAACAUAGGAUUGUGUGGAGCUCCUUUGAAGAAGAAAUGUGGAGACGUGGAGGCAUCUGCACCACCUCCUUCAUCUCUGGAAAAAGAUGAUGAUGGAUCAGGAUCUCCAUUUGAAUUUGAUUGGAAGAUAGUUUUGUUGGGCUAUGGAAGUGGGUUGGUUGUUGGAGGCAUUGUUGGGCACAUAUUCACCAGAAGAAAACGGGGUUGGAUUUUGAGAACGUUUAGGUUUGGGAAAAAACAACCAAGAAGAAGACAGAGGCAGACAAGAAAUAGAAACAGACAUUGAUCCAAUUGGAAUUGAUAGUUGGGAAUUAUUAUUAUUAUGUUAAUUUAAUAGUUUGGACGCUGAGAUGUACGUGCAUUAAAAAAAAAAAAGAACUCGGUGGCAUUCAAUAUUGUGUUUUAAUUAAAUAAGUAUA